AUGAGUGCAAUGGCUUCACGGUGGGCUUUCGCCGCAGCGUUUGCAGCAUUCGGCUACGUUCAUGCUCAAAACAACACUGCCUUCAGCGGUCCAGGUCCACUCCCUGAAGGGCAAGACUUUCUCGAAGAUGCUCAAGUCACUGCUGAGAAGACCGUGUCGUUCGACCUGUACUUUCCAAACGACGGAAAUGCGCCACGCUGGCAAUUGAUCACCCGACUGGAGGAAGCACCGCCUCCCGAUACUCAAAUUCCCAAUGCGCAGGUUCUGAACACUGUCUACGAUUUUGGAUUCCCAAACGGAGGCAACCUCACCCAAGCAGUCGCAGCGAGCAGCGGGCAGUUGGACCAGAAUAAUUUCUGCGUUACGAUUCUCCAAACCCAGAUCCCAAGUAGCAGGGCGAACGAUUACAACGCAGACACCGAAGACAAUGCCAGUGAGGGAAGUUGUGCAUAUCCUUUUCGGGAUGCAUGUAUCAACGCUAUCGCUGCACGCAUUGGCGAGACCGAACCGGGUGAGGACGGCUGCCGAAUGUCGGCUAUCUCUCUAACGGACUUGGUUCAAUGCGAGGCUAUCUUCGAAUCCGACACCAGAGUCGCGACUUACAAUCUGUUGGCCCCUGACGUGACUGGAAAUUUAACAGGUGGCUUUGCGCACAUCACGUCUGACCCAUAUGACGGCAACAACCGUACGUUCUUUGACAUUGCUGAGACGAGGAUUCACUUUGUGGCAAUCGACUCUGGAAACACAUUUACUCCUCUUUGUGUCAAGGUGGACGCGGAGAGAGACCAGGUCACGGCUGGUGCACCGAGUUUGAACAAGAACUUGUGGCUUGUUGGUGCUGUGGUUGCUGGUGCCUUGGCAUACGUCCUGUGA